UCUCUCUCUCUAAAAGAACCAGCUUUCAAAUAAAUGUUCAUGCAUAUGAGCCUAAUGAGUAAUCUUUCUGAAAAAAGAAUGAUUAUGAUCAAAACAACAAGAUCAGCUCUAACAUUAUUUGGAAGAUUCAUCAUCAAUAAUCUCUUAAGUUUCAUAAUCUUCUCUCUUAUCGACAUUCUAGAUUUCAUUCUUUGUUACGUCUACAAAUUUGCCGAUUACCUUAUAGAAACAGAGUCGAAGCCCUGUUAUUGUUCUCCGGUAAAGGAAACAAUCACAACUUCCCGCUCCGGCAAUAUCCUUGUUUCCGAGUCAGGUCAGUCGAAAAUUUUCCGAUUCAGCUCAACUCGGAUUCAACUCAAUGAGAUCUCCGAUACCCUCUACGUCCGACCUACCACCAUUUCCGAGCUUUCAAAAGGGUACUUGUCGGAAAAUGAAAUGUCGAAAAUCAGAUCCACGUUUGCCGUUGAUUCUCCUUUUGUCGAAAUGCUGCAAGAAAAGAUCAUCGGAGUUAAGAAGGAUCAUCGGAUUCCGAGGUGGUCGGAUUGUGACUGCAAUACUUGUAAUUCAUGGGCUUCUUCUUCUUCCAAUGAUUCUCUGUUUGUCCGAGUUGAAGGAGCCAAUAAACGAAAUGUGCAAGAAGAUGUAUUAUUCAUUCACGGGUACAUCUCAUCAUCAUCGUUUUGGACGGAAACAUUGUUCCCUAACUUUUCAAAAUCAGCCAAAUCAACAUAUAGGAUGUUUGCGGUUGAUUUAUUAGGAUUCGGUAGGAGUCCCAAGCCAGACAAUUCACUUUACACGAUUGGAGAACAUUUGGAGAUGAUUGAAAAGUCGGUUAUAAAUCCAUAUCAAGUAAAAUCUUUUCAUAUUGUUGCUCAUUCUCUCGGUUGCAUUUUAGCUCUUGCACUUGCCAUUAAACAUCCCGAUUCUAUUAAAUCUAUUACCUUGCUUGCACCGCCAUACUUCCCCGCGCCAAAGGGAGAAAAGACUACACAUUACUUAAUGAAGAGAUUGGCGCCACGACAAGUUUGGCCUCCUAUCGCGUUUGGAGCGUCGCUUGCGUGCUGGUACGAGCAUGUGGGCAGGACGAUUUGUUUGGUGAUUUGCAAAAACCAUCAAAAGUGGAAUUCAAUCAUCAAAUUCAUCACCAGAAAUAGGAUUAAGACAUAUUUAAUAGAUGGAUUUUGUUGUCAUACCCAUAACUCUGCAUGGCAUACCCUACACAACAUAAUAUGCGGGACAGCCGAAAAAGUCGAUGACUACCUUAAUACUGUCCGAAGCAAACUCAAUUGUCCUGUCUCGAUCUUCCAUGGUCAAGACGAUGACCUUAUUCCAAUCGAAUGUAGCUAUCAUGUUCAGACGCGAAUUCCUCGUGCUCGGGUCAAGAUCGUGGAGAAUAAGGAUCAUAUAACCAUUGUUCUUGGAAGACAAAAAGCCUUUGCUAUGGAGCUUGAGGAAAUUUGGAAGAGUUCAAAAUCAUCAAAUUGAUAAACCUCUUUUUUCUUCUUCUUAUUUUCAACUUUUCAUGCAUUUUUCAUUUAGUCUCCAUCUCUAUAGAAAUUAAUUACACACACACAUGAUCAAAUGACGGUGCUUUACCUCAAAAGUACAAUAGUUUGAGAUGUGAUUAAGGUUGUGUAGCAUAAUUAGUGUUCAUUGGGAAAAUUAAUCCAAA